AUGACGGGGGAAGAGCAAGAGGACAUUUCUUCUGGUCCUCCGGAGUCCAGCGAGGAGCCAUGGUGGGAAGAGGUGACCCUUCUAGAAAAAAAGCCUCCAAAGUCGGAGUUCAUGUUCAGAGUCGCUCUUGUCCAGUCUCUACUCGGCUCGGCGCAGGAGCGGAGCGCAGCUCUGGGUCACCGGACCCCCGGGGAAAGAGGUGCGAGCGACUCCUGCGCUCCAGAGGAAGCGGGCGUGUGGGUACCCGGCCGCGGGGCUCUGGAGCGGGGCGCGUGUCUCGUUUUGCUGCGAACGCUGGGCGCCAGGCGCGGGGAACCAUCGGUCGGAAAAGUCUCCGGAGUCGGGUCUCCGGAGUCGGGUCCUCGGGGGAAGGCGGCCGAGCGAGACGGAAAGCCUUUCAUGUCCCCACGUCGGUCCCUGGCGCAGACUCUGGGCCCUUACUGGGCCCGUAGUGGCGUCUUCCUCGACGUUGGGAGGAGUCCGGGAACCACGGACCAAGACCUCCCUGUUCCCUUCACCGUGAGACAGUGUGCUCUCGGGGGCAAAACAAUCAAGAACACGCCUCUGCCGUUGCUGCCAUGCCUCCUCCGGGCCGCAUGGUGGCGCUGCGGCUCCGCCGAGGCCCGGGUGGUUCUCGGGCUCCUAGGCGCGCAGGCUUCUGGGAACCCUCAGGGCUGCGGCGGCGACGCGCGGGGCGGCUGCGGUGAGUGCGGCGGGCGGGCCCGGGGGUGGGUUGCCCCGCUCGCUGGCUCGCGGCAGGCCUCGCGCUCCCCCUGGACCUCUCGCUUCCGGGCCGGGCAGUGUCGAUUGAGCCGGCUGAGCAGGCCCGAGGCGGCGGCGCGCGAGCCCGGGGACAGCGAAAGCGAGCGCAGCGGGGGCCGGGAGACCCCUUGCUGCCCCGCUAUUGCUCUGCCUGGCGACCCUGGCCACGUCUCUUCCCCGCCUCGGAGCCCGGCUCCUCUCCGAUCGGAGGAGAGACCUUGGCCUUGGUCGAGGGUGGGCCCGGGGCGCGUUCUGAUCGCGGCCGUGUCCGUUGCCCCGCAGGUUCUCCCACCUGUCACCCUGGCCCUUCUCUGCUUGGACGGCGUCUUCCUCUCCUCAGCCGAGAAUGACUUCGUGCACCGCAUCCAGGAGGAGCUGGACCGCUUCCUGCUGCAGAAGCAGCUGUCAAAGGUCCUUCUCUUCCCCCCACUCUCCAGUCGCCUCCGGUACUUGAUCCACAGGACAGCAGAGAAUUUUGAUCUUUUGAGCAGCUUCUCUGUUGGGGAGGGCUGGAGGAGGAGGACAGUCAUCUGUCACCUGGACAUCAGGUUACCCGGUUCAGAUGGGCCCUCUGGCCCCUCCCGCCCUCCUGCUUCCCACCCUAGCAAGUACCGCGGUCCGAGGUCCACCUCAAGCCAGGGAGCGGCUUCUGGUCCCCGAGGAGCGCGGGCCGGCUGGUGGCAUCGUGGACGCAAGCCGGACCAGGCUUUGUAUGUGCCCCGGGCGCUGCGCAGGCGAGAAGAAUGGGCGCCCCUCCCGGCCCCAGGGCUUCAGGGAGGUGCUCCAGCUGGCGGGCUCCCAGAAGAGCCCGAUGAUAUCCGUGCUGGGGACCCCACCUCCGAUCAGGAACUUCCUGUGUUGGCGACGCAGGCAGCAGAGGUCCGAAAAGGCCGUAGCAAAAGUGAGAAAGAGUCACUGCCAGACCCAGUGGCCACUGAGUCCCCAGGGCCAGAGGAUCACUCAGGGACGGGAGACAGGUCGGAGUCAGCCACACGGCCGGGGCCCGGUCUGCAGCCAGACUUGGAAGACGGGAGUGGGAGUGAGCUGGAGAGGAGCCUGGUGGCAGAGAAGGAAGAGGACAAGGUGGAAGAGGAGGGGCCGGGCAGCUGCUCCGAGGAGGACGAUUGCAGUGAGCUGCUGCAGGAGAUAACGGACAACCUGACCGAGAAGGAGAUUCAGGUAGAGAAGAUCCACGUGGACACAUCCUCCUUCACAGAGGAGCUGCCUGGAGAGAAGGAUUUUGCGCACGUGGUGGAGAUCUACGACUUUGAGCCGGCGCUCAAGACCGAGGACCUGCUGGCAGCCUUUUCCGAGUUCCAAGAGAAGGGGUUCAAGAUCCAGUGGGUGGACGACACGCACGCGCUCGGGGUCUUUCCCUGCCUGGCUUCAGCUGCUGAGGCCCUGACCAGGGGUUUCUCCACGCUCAAGAUCCGGCCCCUGACGCAGGGAACCAAGCAGUCCAAGCUGAAGGCCCUGCAGAGGCCAAAGCUUCUGCGUCUGGCAAAGGAGAGGCCACAGACAAACACAGCCGUGGCCCGGAGGCUGGUGGCCCGGGCCCUGGGGCUCCAACACAGAAAGAAAGAGCGGCCUGCAGUGGAGCCUCCCCCGACCCUGGGGCCCUGAGAGGCCCAGGCGGCCUGGAUCGGCGCCCGCCCCCCGACCCCCUCCUCAGCUGGGGCCCCAACACCGCAAGCCUUUACACACACCAGAGCAGCCCUGAGCCAUCCUUGGAGCGUCACUGUGGGGCAUGGGGGCUUUACCUUGGUCUAGUUCCAGAAGUUGAGAAAAAAUAAAAAUGUAAGAAUUGU